CUUACUUAGGCCAAUAGGUACUAAGCUAAUUACUAAGCCAUGCAAGUCUGCUAAUAACCUUUUAUAACCCUUGGGCAACCCUACCAAGUUUAAGAAGUGGUUAAUUAUAUGGCAUUUGUUUUAUAAAUUUGUAAACCUUGAAAAUAUAAGUAGUAUCUCGAGGCUCACGCAUGCGUCCUCUUUUAAGCUUUGAUUACCUAGCUUGUUAAUAUUGGUCACAGGCCAAGGCCCCUUGCAACCUGUGAGUAGGGGAUAUCAAUUGUUAUUAUGCAACGAACUAGGUUAAAACCAACAAGAACCAACAACCAACACACCAACACACCAAAUACCCUAGCACUCUGACUGUGUUUCACCGAACCCCCCCCCCCAAAAAAAGAACAAUAAGGCGUAUCGCUGCAUUUGAGUUUCCAUUUCAGCUGUGCCACGCUCCUAAGCGAUUUGUAGCACUUACAACAAGGUUUGCCUGUUGUUUGCUCUUGUCUUCCGUAUUCCUACUUGUUAUUCUAACAAAAUAGCUCUACUCCCGCGUGAAGCAAUGUCUCGAAAAUAUUUCAUUAUCAUCAGUGCAGUUAUUUUAUUAUGUCUUCUAGCAUUCGGGUCUUCCUAUGUCUCCGUCGGCUCCAGUCCGCUGAACUCCAAUUCGCCGGUCAAGAUUAGCUCACAGGUUGAGCCCGAAUCUUCACCUCCCCUGGGCUUCCCCAAGAAGAUCUGGCAGAGCUGGAAAGAUGAUUCCGACGACCCAACUGACCGAACGGUUGGCUUCCCGCACCAAUGGCGUAUGGUAAAUCCUCAGCACCGAUAUGAACGGAUCACAGACGCCAACGGUGAAACCUUCGUUGCAGACCGUCUUCCUCCGGCUAUUGCGGAUCUGUUUGCUAGUUUCACAGAUCCUAUCUUAAGGGCCGACUUUUUGCGGUAUUGUGUGAUGCUUGUGGAAGGGGGAGUAUGGGCUGAUAUCGAUGUCCUGCCUCAUCGUCCCAUCUCCGAAUGGGUUCCUCGGCAAUACCUGGACAAUGUGAAUCUCGUUGUUGGGAUUGAAAACGACCACCACAAAAUGCCCAUCUGGCGAGGCUCCCCGUAUUCUGUUCAGCUAGCGCAAUAUACAAUCUUGGCGAAACCUCACCACCCGGCUAUCGCUAAACUGGUGGAUCGAGUCAAAGAGAAUCUCGAGAAGUUGUUUCAAUCGAAGAAGCCCGGAGGCACAGUCACGUUCGAGGAUGUUAUGGCGACAACGGGUCCGUUCGCAUUCACCGAGGUUCUAAUGGACUAUUUCACGAAUGCUACAGGUAUCAAGCAUACAGGUGAUGAACUCGACAGCCUUCGAGAGCCAAAGCUCAUUGGGGAUGUAUUGGUGCUGCCUAAAGAUUCCUUUGGCUGGCUACCACAUGAUAAUUAUCUGGAAAAGGGGGAUCCCGGUAUUCUAGUUGAGCAUCUGUUUAUAGCUUCAUGGCGUGGAAGCCAUCCGGGUUAACGACGGCUACCUUAGUUUGCAUUAUAAUGUAUAUUAUAUUUCGAGCAUGCUUCACAGCUGAUUUUCAUACCGCUUUGUUAUUUGCGGAUUCUAUGACGGCGUUUCGUACACGAUAGGAUUUGCAUUAUUGUGCGAAACUGCGCUGAACCCGGGAUACUAGAGAUAGUUGUUUUCUAUAAUACUUGUCCCUAC